AGCUCCGCCCUCCUCAAGGGGCGCCGGCGCGCUUUCUUUGACGUCACAGCGGCGGAAGCGGCGCGGAAGGCGAAAGACACGGGCUGACUCUAUCUGUGCAAAAGCCUCUCUGGGUGCCUGAGGAUAGGAAGGCUUUUGGUUAAAGUGUGACAUUGGUGAAACAUCACUGAAUCCAUCCAGCAGAGGAAUUUGGUAUCGGUGAGGAACACGGGAAAAGGUUUAGGAUCUGCUGGGCCCAUCUCCACCAUCAGAAAAUUCAUUGGGGUGAGAGACUCCAGAGGUGUUGUGACUGUGGGAGACGGUUUAGUGACAGCUCAGAUCUGGUCCGGCGGUGACACCAUCACACAGGCACCAUGUCCUACACCUGCCCUGACUGUGGGAAAGAGUUUGUCAGGAGAUCAGAUUUGAUUAACCAUCAGCGGAUCCAUAGGGGUGAGAAACCCUUUAAGUGUUCUGAGUGUGGGAAGGAGUUUACCUGUAGAUCCCAUGUAUCAGAGCAUCAGCGCAUCCAUACAGGAGAGAGACCCUAUAAGUGUCUGGAGUGUGGGAAGGACUUCACCAGUAGUUCCCAUUUAUCAGCUCAUCAGCGCGUGCACAGAGGAGAGAGACCCUAUAAGUGUCUGGAGUGUGGGAAAGAGUUUACUAAGAGUUCCAAUUUAUCACAACAUCAACGCAUACACACAGGAGAGAGACCCUAUAAAUGUUCUGAGUGUGGGAAGGAGUUUACCAAGAGUUCUCAUUUAUCAGAGCAUCAACGCAUCCACACAGGAGAGAGACCCUAUAAGUGUCUGGAGUGUGGGAAGGCGUUUACUCAGAGUUCCCAUUUAUCAGAGCAUCAGCGCAUCCAUACGGGAGAGAAACCCUAUAAGUGUCUGGAGUGUGGGAAGGCGUUUACUCUAAGCUCCAAUUUAUCACAACAUCAGCUCAUCCAUACAGGAGAGAAAUUGUAUCCGUGCACUCAUUGUGGGAAAGCCUUCAACAAGAGCACCUCUUGGAUUAAUCACCAACAUGUCCACACUGGGGAAAAACCCUAUACGUGUCCCCAGUGUGGGAAGGGCUUCAGACAAAGCUCAAACCUCUCCCAACACCUACGUAUCCAUAGGGCUGAACGUCCCUACAAGUGUCCCCAUUGUGGGAAGGACUUCAGACAAAGCUCAAACCUCUGCCAACACCUACAGAUCCAUAUGGCUGAACGUCCCUACAAGUGUCCCCAGUGUGGGAAGGGAUUCCGUCGACGCUCCAAUUUGACAACCCAUCAACGCCUCCAUAUCGGUGAACAACAUUAAAGCUACUCCCAGUGCAAGAUGAAUUUUUACUGGAAAUUAAAUUUCAUCUCUCAUUACUCGACCCAUCACAGCCACUACCAAAUGUGAAGGGUCAACCUGACCUCAUUUUCCAAGCUCCAUCCCAGCAACAAUGCUUCCUUCAGCAUCUGGUGGACAAUAAAAUUGAGUCAGAUCAGGAACCACUUCAUGUCCCAUCCAAAAUUAAAGUUUUACCAUUUGUUUCAGCA